AAGCAUCAUGGACUAGCAUCAUAAGACUAGCAUCAUAAGGACAAGCAUCAUGGACUAGCAUCAUAAGGACAAGCAUCAUGGACUAGCAUCAUAAGGACAAGCAUCAUGGACAAGCAUCAUGGACUAGCAUCAUAAGGACAAGCAUCAUGGACUAGCAUCAUAAGGACAAGCAUCAUGGACUAGCAUCAUAAGGACAAGCAUCAUGGACUAGCAUCAUAAGGACAAGCAUCAUGGACUAGCAUCAUAAGGACAAGCAUCAUGGACUAGCAUCAUAAGGACAAGCAUCAUGGACUAGCAUCAUGGACUAGCAUCAUAAGGACAAGCAUCAUGGACUAGCAUCAUGGACUAGCAUCAUAAGGACAAGCAUCAUGGACAAGCAUCAUGGACUAGCAUCAUAAGGACAAGCAUCAUGGACUAGCAUCAUAAGGACAAGCAUCAUGGACUAGCAUCAUGGACUAGCACAAGCAUCAUGGACUAGCAUCAUAAGGACAAGCAUCAUGGACUAGCAUCAUGGACUAGCAUCAUAAGCACUAGCAUCAUGGCACUAUGAUGAAGUGUGAACUGCCAGGACAUGUCUCAGCAUCCGACCAGACCAGGGGCAGAGUAGGACUGCUGAUCUAGGAUCAGGUCCCCCAUGUCCAUGUUAUCUUAUUCAUUGUGAUCUAAAAGGCAAAACUAAUCAUAGAUCAGCACUCCUACGCUUGAUAAAUGGCCCUAGAGCAGAGCUGGUUGACAGAAUAACAGAACAUAACACAAACACACUUUUGUCUCUGGCAGAGGGAGGCAAUGAUUUCACAGUCAGCAAGCAGCCAUGUGAAGAGUCACAAUGCCCCUGUCUCAAUGAGCGAGAGCCAUGUCCAGGGAUUGGACCCAUAUUGGAGUGAUGAUACAGAAAACACUGUUGUAAUUCCUCUCUCAGGGGAUAAUGAUGAUGAAUACACUUAUAAAGCUAGAAACCUGUCUAUUAUAUGAAUUCAAUGUGAUUGAUUUCUUCUUCACACUUGACUGUGUGACUUGAAUGACGACCGAUGUCAUUAACCCUCUGGUGAUUGUAAUCAAUGAUUAGGCAAAGAAUGCAUUGAUGAAUCAAUCCAGCCAAAUCAGGUCUUGGCUGAGCUCGUUGAUAGUUCCCAUGUUUCUUUCCACUAUAAAACGAUGAACAUUCCCCACGUGCAGUUAGUCUAUUUUCUUCUUCUUCUUGUGAUUGAUUCGUCAACCUGAUUCAUCUUCAGUGCUCGUGCCUUACUUUGGACCCGCCACUAGGGGCGACAAAAUUAACGUUCGUUUUCCUCGCUAACUUUUACAAGCAAGUUAUUGGAUUGUGAAAGUAACGUGAGAGACAGAAUGGCAGAGAAUUGUGAGAGAAUGUCAGAAUGGCAUAGAAGUAGUUCCCAAAUAAAUACCUUGGACAAUGAGAAACUUGUACGACCUAAAGAGAAACUGCGUGUGUUAUUGCAGCAGGCAGGUGCAGACAAAGACGUUUUCACCAUGAAAGAGGUGAUAUUCUACCUGGGCCAGUACAUCAUGAAGAAACAGCUUUAUGACAUGAAGCAGCAACACAUAGUGCACUGUGCUGAUGACCCCCUGGGGGCUGUACUGGGAGUGGACAGCUUCUCUGUUAAAGAACCACGAGUUCUCUUCGCUAUGAUCACAGAAAAUCUCCUAGCAGUGAAAAAUCAAGAAUCCCAGUCUGUCUUCACGGAACCCAGGAGCCAGAGUGAACCGGAUAGAGGGCCUAAGGAGACGGAAUCAGACUGUCAUUCAUCAUCUACCUCAGAACGCAGGAGGAGAAGGAGGAGUAGUGACCCUGAGGGGACGUCGUCGACACAAGAGGAGGACGGGUGUGAGUCCAGGAAGAGACAUAGGUCAGACAGCUUUUCUCUGACCUUUGAUGACAGCAUGUCCUGGUAUGUGAUUGGAGGCCUGAGACGAGACCGGAGGAGCAGCGAGUCUUCAGACUCACACAGUAACGCUGAAGUAGGUUCAUUGGUCAGUGACGCGUGUGACGAUGUUCUGAGCCAGGAUCUGGGCUCAGACUCUGAUAACUUCAGCGUGGAGUUUGAGGUGGAGUCCAUCGACUCGGAUGCCUACAGCGAUCCCGAAGAGGCUUCAGUGUCUGGAGAGGACGAGGUGUAUGAAGUCACCAUCUUCGAGGCAGAGGAGGAGGACUCGUUCGAUGACGACACUGAAAUCACGGAAGCAGACUACUGGAAGUGCUCAAAGUGUGAGGAGUUGAACCCUCCCCUCCCCCGAAACUGCAACCGCUGCUGGACGCUAAGAAUGGACUGGUUUCCCGAUUCUGACAGCAACUCUGCUGCCCCCAACCUCAAACCCUUACCCCCCAAGCCUACCCCAGCCCCGACAGAGCCUGACGAGACCGAAGGUCUGGAUGUUCCAGACGGGAAGAGAGCCAGGUCGCCCCUUCCCCUCCUCAAAGACUCCCAGGAAUUGAUGUCCGUCUCUGGCCCCGAUUCCCAAGACUCGGCCUGCUCCUCCCAGCCCUCCACCUCUUCUUCGAACUCCAACGGUGUGGGCUCAGGCUCGUCCUCUAGCGCCCCCCUCAGUCAAGAAGUGAUGGCACCAGACUUGGAGCGUUUCAACAGCCUGGAGGCUCACCUCCCCGCCAGCUGCCUGGAGCCCUGCGUCAUCUGUCAGACCAGGCCCAAGAACGGCUGCAUUGUACACGGACGCACAGGGCACCUCAUGGCCUGUUACACCUGCGCCAGGAAACUGAAGAAGAGGAACAAGCUGUGUCCUGUCUGCAGGCAGCCUAUCCAGUCUGUCGUCUUAAUUUAUCUCAGCUGAGGACGGCUAUCGGCUAGACUGUACAUUCCAAAUAAGCAGUCUAUUCCCUAUGGUAGUGUGCACUACUCUCAACCAUGGCCCCAAUAGGACUCUGGUCUAAAGUAGUGCACUAUAUAGGGAAUAGGAUGUAACCCAUAGCUACACAACUCCCUGUUCCUCAAAAACAACUUAAAUCCUGAAUGAAUAAAUGUUUUAAUUUUGUUUAUUUGGAAGUGAUUUUAUUUAUGAACAAGAGUUUGUUGACUCUAUCAAACAAGGUGCCUGUUGUUGUUGUUGUUGAUUUCUAGUGUUCAGUCAAAUAGCCUUUCUAGUUUUUCAAAUGGAUUACAUUCUCUGUGGUGAAAUAUUCAAUAUAUUUGAUAAAAUAAAGAAUGUCUAGCAAAUUAA